AUUUCCAGGUUUUAGUUCCACUAAUCACAUCUUUGUGGUACCGAGAGUGUGAAGGCCCUUCCUUCUAAAUCAGCGAUGAAAUUUCGUUGCAGUACUCAUCUUAUUACCACUUUGCUGUGUUAGUAAACACGAAGUUGUCACAACGACUUAAGUAAUUUAAAUGUUAUGCCCAUUGUUAAUGAAGUUCGUGGUGCAUCGGCACCCGACAAAUUAUGUAAUGUGUUCGAUGGUAUUGUCAAGAAGACUACAUGGUUUCAGCCCACUCACUCCAUUGCUGUAUGCUGAGUCGUGCUAUUUUACAAAAUUUCUACAAUUUACUAUUGAAGGCAUACAUUCAUUGGAAAUACCAUGGGUUGGCACAUUUAUGCUCUCCGGGGUGCUAUUUCGUUUUGCCAGCUUGCCGCUGCAUAUAUAUGCAGAACGACUGUCCGCUGAAAGAUACCGUGUUGUGAACACUUUGAAUUAUGAGCUCAUUAAAAAGUUCAGCAAGCAUUAUAACUUGUCUGUUAUUUCAAGUAAGAAUGGCCGGUUCUUGCAGCUUGAUACUGCUGAUAAAUCCAUAUUGCAAAAAACCAAUAAACUGUCUAAAGAAAUCAUAUUGGAUGUUUGCUGGAAACAUCGAUUACAACUUUCCCGCAUUCAGUACGUGAAGUUCUGCGCUUUGUCAAUAUGGACGUUUUCUUCAUUUGCGAUUCGGAAUGUCAUAAGUUCGGAAACUGGUUACCCUUUUCAAGGCAUCUUAUGGUUUCCGGAUUUGUUACAACCUGAUCCUUACUAUAUUCUACCGGCAUCAGUUGGUAUUUUAGGAAUCUUCAAUUAUUUUGCGCAGCAGCGUGUAUAUGCUUACAAUUUGGUUAAACUGAUGCCACUUAUCAAUGCUUGUUAUUCGUUAUUCAUGAUUUUUGGUAUAUAUUUCAUGUCAUAUAUGCCUGUGUGUAUUCCAUUGUUUUGGUUGUCUGUUUCUCUGACCGGAUCCAUACAACAUUUCGCAUUCAGACAUCCUAAAAUCAAGAAAUUACUUGGUAUAAAACCGUUACCCUCAGAUUCUACCACUCCUGUGCGAGACCUUCUCCUCUUCAAAUGAAUUCUUCCAAAAUAUGUUUCUUAUUGUAUCUGAAUCUAAGAGGACGCAUACAGUUUAACACUAUUAUUAAGGUAAAUUCUAUAUAGAAUUGCGUGAAGCGUUUUAAUUGUUUUGCCUUUUUAUUCUUUCUCUUGGUAAAUUUAUGCUGUCGUUUUUGGAAAAAAAUGUCUUUCAUGAUGCUUCAUGUUGGAUAUAUCACUGUACAUUUUAUUACUUGCAUCAUACUGUGCUCCAAGAUUUAUUUGCAUUAUGUAACACUGUGUAACUUUUCCCAAACUUUUCCUAUACAUCCAUAGCUUCAAAAAUACAUUCGUC